UUGCACUUGGCUGUCCCAGCAUACAUAUAAACAGGGCUAGUUCAUGUAGAGUGGAAGAAAGCUAAUGGGGAGUGACACGUCGACAGAACAAGUUGUUUUGUAGAACACUGGGCUAGCGACAUUAAAACAGACGAAUUCCUCAAUUACUACAAUUGUAGAGGAAACAGGAACAACGGUCAGUUGUUCUCCUGACAUUUUAGGAUGAACGACUCGUCACUCGCAGAGGCAGAUGACAAGCCGGGAAUACCUGACUGUGAAAGACAGAUUUUGGCGGCAACGCUUAUCGUUUCAGCCAUUGUGGGCGCUGUCGGAAACAGCCUUGUUAUCGUCGCUGUCGGUUUAUCCAACAACCUCCGGACAGCCACCAACGCCUUUGUGGUCAGCCUUGCCGUCGCUGACUUCACAACAUGCCUCUUCACGCCGUGGCAGGCCGUGGCGAUACUGACGGCGGACGACUGGCCCAUACCAGGGGUACGAUGGGUGUGCACAAUGGCCGACUUCGUCGUGGUAAUCACGAUCGGCUGCAGCGUCAACAACCUGGCCCUGAUCGCCAUCAACCGCUGGGUGGGUAUCACUAAGUCUUGCUCCACCACCCGUCGCAUCUACACCUCCCAUAAGAUCGCCCUGAUGGUGAUCUUCGCCUGGAUCGUACCACUUCUUUUGGCCUUGACACCAGUCGUUGCAGACUUUGGUGAACUCAGCUAUGCGCAGAUAUACAGAACCAGUAGCUCAGUACGGUCAAAUCCACACAAAGACACCUAUGCCCUGUUGAUUGCAUCAAUCUUCUACCCAAUCCAAUUCACUAUUAUCAUCUCCAGUUAUAUUUCAAUUUUCUGCUACGUCCGAAAGACGUCGAAUGACACGAUCAAGGUAGCCAAUGGAAACGAAGCAAUGAGGAAAACGAUAUCAAAGAGACAGAUUGAUGUUACCAAAAACUUGCUCUACGUCGUCUUGGCGUUCAUUGUCUGUUUGACGCCGUAUUUUAUUGCACUAAUCAACUCUGAGGACUGGAGUUACCGGCUCGGUGGUUGGGGUGCCGUUAUCCUUGUCUGCAAUAGCAGCGUCAACCCUUUCAUAUAUGCAGUCUCACAUCCAGACUUCAAAGAGGCUUUCCGGUACAUGAAAAGGUGUCAGAAAAUCCCACGAAGUGGUGCAGGUAGGAGGAACCGACCGACCAAGGACCUUAACUCCCCCAAACAGGGAGAGCCCAGAGAGCAUGGAGUGUGACACGCCGAGGACAAUUUGCCAUUUGGACUAUCUCGCGCUGGAGAUGGGGCUGGAGAUGAAUACCAAUUUGGACUUGAUGUCGUUGAUGAUAAUUCUCUCUCUUUCUGAAGAAUUAAGGCGUCCACGUUAUGACUUUUUCUGGUAUCAAUGGACUUCUUGGAGUGCUCCAUUCAUUUCCCAAUUUUGAUCUUGGGUCGCCAUUUUGCAGGGCGUUGCAAGGCCUUUAAAAUAUUUUGAUAAAGGCAGAUUUCAACUGUUGGAGAAAUCACAGAUGGUCUCAUUAGCAAAAAUCUUUAGCGCUCCAGCAUCGACUUUUGCCGGAGGUUUUGGCUUGAUAAUGAGAAGACCGAUUGUCCCUCGUUAUAUUUCCAGUUGAGUAUAUUUUGACUGCACAUAUUUUUCAAAAGAAAAAAUCCUUAAAGUGAGCGGGUACCUAAAGUAGCAACAUGCCCCAUUAUUAUUUUGUCUGGAAAAAGCACUAAAUUAAAUUAUAGGUACAAUGAAGUUUUUAGACAUAAUUUUUUCGUUGAUUGAUAUUCUAGAAGGUAUGAAAACUAUUUUAAAUGUCCAUGAAAUUAAACGUAUUAAAAAUGCACUUUUGUUAACAUUUAAACUCAUCCCUGCAUUCCUGGAAAACUACGGGCGCCGUUGUUGUUACGUCAUCUCGGGGAAACAUGGUUAUGUGCAUGGGAUUUUUCUGUAUAUAUUAUGAACUGAAUACGUUUGAAAAAGGGUUAAUUUUCUGCAUGCUUAUUGCUGUGUAGGUCUACUUACACAAAAUGUACCUAUAGACAAAAAAUCUUAAAAAGUGCAAGAGUGUUUUGGGGAUGACAUCGCAGCUUUCGUCACGAAUAAAGGAAAUACCAUAUAAACCAUAAAGGGCAGCAAAACACUCUUUGGAAUAGUGCAAGCAAAUGUAAAUCAGGUAAGGUAUAUUAUGAGGCUUGUAUAAACUUCCAUUGCUGCUACCCUUUAAUAAAUAGUGGAAAAAGCUUGGAUAAUCCCUGAACCCCCAAAGCACAGGGGCUCUCUCGA